AUGGCUAUGUGGAAGUUUCCUCUCAUGGGACUACUCUUGCUCCUAACCAUUAUCGGCUCUCCGACAACCGCCGAGGGACCUGGGGAAUCCGCCAAUGAACCUGUUUGCCCAGUGAUGCCGAAGGAGGAGGACACUCUAAACCGGGCAUUUUUCCCUAAAGAUUUUUUAUUUGGCACGGCUACUGCAUCAUAUCAGGUUGAAGGUGGAGUGUAUGAAACAAAUCGUGGACGGUCCAUGUGGGAUGUCUACUGUAUGAAAUAUCCAAAUGGAAAAAGGGAGAGAGGAGUGAGUAAAGAUGGUAUAAGAUUUUACCACGACCUCAUCGACGAGCUCAACAAUAAUGGCAUAGCUCCGUCGGUUACUAUUUUUCACUGGGACAUUCCACAAAUUUUGGAAGACGAGUAUGGCGGCUUUUUAAGCGAAAAAAUUGUGAAAGAUUUUCGGGAUUAUGCUGAAUAUCUUUUCGAUGAGUUCGGUGGGAAAGUGAAAAAUUGGAUCACUAUUAACGAGCCAUGGGUUUAUGCUCACGCCGGUUAUGACGUAGGCAAGAAAGCACCAGGACGUUGCUCUUCUUACGUCGAUAAAGAAGUAGAAUGCUUAGGCGGAUCAUCAGGUAAUGAGGCUUAUAACGUCACUCAUAACCUCCUUAACGCUCACGCAGAAGCCGUAGAAGCUUUCCGGAAUUGCGAAAAGUGCAAAGGUGGGAAAAUCGGAAUCGCACAUUGUCCUUUGUGGUUCGAAUCAUAUAUCAAAGAUAAUGAAGUGGAGGAUGAAGCUGCUAAGCGUGCACUUGAGUUUAUGCUUGGAUGGCAUAUGGAUCCAACUACUACAGGGGAUUAUCCAGAAACAAUGAAAAAGAUUGUUGGAAAAAGAUUGCCUGAGUUUACUCCUGAACAAAGCGAAAAAUUGAAGGGCUCGUUUGAUUUCGUAGGGCUCAACUAUUAUGUUUCCAAGUUUCCAAAAAAUUUGACGUCGGACAAGCGAGAUGAAAACAAACCAAGAUGGCUGCAAGAUUCUGGUAUUGAGUGGACAGAGAAGAAUGAAGCCGAUUACGCAAUCGGUAGCAGGCCUGAUAACGCUAUGAAAGAUAUGAGCAUAUAUUCGAGAGGCUUAAAAAGUAUUUUGAAGCACAUCAAGGAUCGUUACGGAAAUCCAGAAAUCAUGAUCAUGGAGAAUGGAUAUGGAGACAUGCCUCAUGCAGAUAUAGACGGAAACGUUCACGUUACAAAUGGUACUGAUGAUCCUAACAGGAAAUUUUAUCUUCAGAGGCAUCUUUUCAGUCUGUAUGAAGCUGUUUGCGUUGAGAAGGUGAAUGUUAAAGGAUAUUUUGUAUGGUCAUUGUUGGAUAACUUCGAGUGGCAAGCGGGUUAUAAAGUCAGAUUCGGACUCUAUUUCGUUGAUUACAAGAACAACCUCACACGCCAUUUGAAAAAAUCGGGAGAGUUUUACAGAGACUUCCUCAGUAAAGGUGUUCUUGAUCCAGCCAAGGUCAAGAAUGAUAUACCUGCGACGAAGACGGAGCUUUAA